ACACACGCGCGCAUCUCGCAUCCGGAAAGUUGAGCCCCGGUGAGCCUGUAAUGAUGUCCGCGUUCGGGCGCUUUACGCACGCCGUGGUCCGCGCGGUCCCUCGGUCUCUGGCCACAGAAGCGCUCCGCACCGGGAGUCUGGGCGAGCUGGACCUGCCGAGAGCCCAGCAGGAGCACGAGCUGUACGUGUCGGUCCUGAAGCAGCGGCUCGGGCUGGAGGUGCUGGAGCUGCCCGCGGACGAGGCGUUGCCGGACUGCGUGUUCGUGGAGGACGCGGCGGUGGUGUGCGGAGACACGGCGCUCAUCACGAGACCCGGGGCCGAGAGCAGGAGGAACGAGACGGUGGCCAUGAAAGAUGCGUUGACGAAGCUCGGCCUGAAUAUCGUUGAGAUGACCGAUGAAUCGGCCACACUGGACGGAGGAGAUGUCUUGUUCACAGGGAGAGAGUUCUUCGUGGGAUUAUCCAAGAGGACCAAUCAGAGAGGAGCAGAGAUCCUGGCCGACGCAUUCAAGGACUACGCCGUGUCCAUGGUCCCAGUGCAGGGCUACCUCCACCUGAAGAGCUUCUGCAGUAUGGCCGGUCCAGACCUCAUCGCCAUCGGCUCCAGCGAAGCCGCUCAGAAAGCCCUGAAGAUAAUGCAGCAGAUGAGUGAUCAUAAAUAUGAUAAACUGACGGUUCCUGAUGAUUUGGCUGCGAACUGCAUCUACAUGAACCUUCCUGGGAAAGGAGACGUUCUUCUGCACUGCACACCAGAGGAGUUUCCUGAGAGCGUCAAGGUGUUUGAGAAGCUGAAGGAUCACAUGCUCAUCCCAGUGUCCAAUCAUGAGAAAGUGAAGGUGGACGGCGCUCUGACCUGCUGCUCGGUGCUCGUGUGCAAGAGCAGCGUCUGACACACACACACACACACACACGCGCACACACACACAC